AUGGUUGCUGACGACAAACCUGCCUCUACUUAUCAGUACAACGAGAAGCCGGUGUACACAACCAGCAAUGGCUGUCCUGUUGAGAAUCCGUCUUCGUGGCAACGAAUUGGAUCCGGCGGACCAGCUCCUUUACUCCUGCAAGACUUCCAUUUGAUUGACUUGCUUGCUCACUUUGAUCGUGAACGGAUUCCUGAACGUGUUGUCCACGCAAAGGGUGCUGGCGCAUAUGGAGAGUUUGAGCUUACCGACGAUAUCAGUGACCUAACAUCUGCCGACCUAUUCAAUGGAGUUGGCAAGAAGACCCCAUUGGCCGUAAGGUUCUCUACAGUCGGAGGCGAGAAAGGCUCGCCCGACUCAGCUCGUGAUCCCAGGGGGUUCGCCAUCAAGUUCUAUACGCAAGAGGGCAAUUUUGACUUGGUCUGUAACAAUACACCAGUCUUCUUCUUGCGCGAUCCGUCGAACUUCCCGUUGUUCAUCCAUACUCAAAAGCGGAAUCCACAAACCAACCUCAAGGAUGCCACGAUACAUAUGAAUGGCUACUCUGGUCACACCUUCAAAUUUACAAAACCUGAUGGGUCCUUCGUUUAUGUUCAGAUUCAUUUCAAGACAGACCAAGGCAGCAAGACUUUCAACAACGAGGAAGCCGGCAAGAUGGCAUCAGAGAAUCCCGAUUGGCACACCCAGGAUCUCUUCGAAGCAAUUCAGCGCGGCGAAUAUCCCAGCUGGACCGCUUAUGUUCAGGUCCUCACUCCGGAGCAGGCUCAGAAGUUCCGCUGGAACAUUUUCGAUCUGACCAAGGUCUGGCCACAGAAGGAAGUGCCUCUCCGCCGAUUUGGCAAGUUCACUCUCAACAAGAACGCGGAGAACUACUUUGCCGAGAUUGAACAAGCUGCAUUCUCGCCCUCACACUUGGUGCCAGGUAUCGAGCCGUCUGCCGACCCUGUUCUCCAGUCCCGUUUGUUCUCCUAUCCCGACACCCACCGUCACCGUCUCGGCGUCAACUACCAGCAAAUACCUGUAAAUGCACCUCUAAGAGCCUUCAACCCCUUCCAACGUGACGGUGCGAUGGCUGUAAACGGCAACUAUGGAGCCAAUCCCAACUACCCGAGCAGCUACCGGCCACUGACUUACAAACCUGUCAAGCCGACUGUCGCUCAUGAGCAAUGGACCGGCGAGGCCACAACUGCCCUUUUCGGCGAGAUCACUCCAGACGAUUAUGUGCAAGCCAAUGGCCUCUGGGAGGUUCUCGGUAGAACUCCUGGCCAGCAGGACAACUUCGUCCACAAUGUCGCUGGCCACCUCAGCGCCGCUCACGAAGCAACACGCAACCGGACGUACGAGAUGUUUACCAGAGUAAACCCCACUUUGGGAGAACGCAUCAAAACAGAAACAGAGAAGAAUGCGAAGGCGUGA